UCGAAGAAUUAAUUAACAGAAUCGAUCAUGGAGAAGCUGCAGCAGGCCGCCACCAUCUUCCUCUUCCUAAGCCUGACUAGUUUCUUAGCAAAUCUCUUAACAGCGGCGGUCGCGACUCCGCCGGCGGUCUUUGUCUUCGGCGACUCCACCGUCGACGUCGGAAACAACAACUUCUUGCCCAGUGGUGCACCCAAAGCCGACCACCCUCAUUACGGUGUCGAUUUCCCUGACCACAUUCCCACCGGCCGGUUCAGCAACGGCUUACUCGCCGUUGACUUCGUCGCCCAUGCGGCGGGUAUACACCGGAGCCCGCCGCCUUUUCUCUCUCUUGAUCCGAACGUAUUCUAUCCGAGGCCAGGAGUAAGCUUCGCCUCCGCCGGCUGCGGAGUUCUCGACACCACGGGGACGGACGUCUUGACGAUGACGCAGCAAAUCAAAGACUUCUCCACGUUCGUCGGGGAUCUCACUGCAGCUGAGGGAGCCCAGGCCGCCGCCGCCUUCUUGAGCAAGUCACUCUUCUACGUCAGCGUCGGGAGCAACGACCUCUUCUCUUUCUUCCCCGUCCUCAUCCCGGGGAACAGCACCCAGAAGGACGAAAUCGUCGCCUCCGUUCUCUUCCAGUUCGAGGGCCAACUGCGGAGCAUUUACAACCUCGGAGCGCGAAAGUUCGCGGUGGUCGGGACCGGGCAGCUCGGCUGCAUUCCGGGCAUCAGGAUCAGAGUCCUGGGCGGCGCGUGCAGCCCGGAUCUGAACGAUCUGUCCCUGAGGUACAAGAACGCUGUGAGGGCCCUGCUGGAUCUGCUCUUCGUGGAGCUGGAGGGGUUCAAAUUUUCAUUUUCCGAUUUCUUCGAAAUGACCAGCCUCGUCCAGUCGGAUCCCCAGCAAUACGGCAUAACGGAGCUGGCAGCUGCGUGCUGCGGCUCGGGAUCGUUGAACGCGGAGGGGCCGUGCAUUCCCAACGCCACCUACUGCCCCGACCGGAAACAGUAUUUCUCCUGGGACGCAAUCCACCCGACGCAGGCGUUGUACCGCUUGGCAGCUGAGCUGUCGGUCAACGGGCCACCCCCGUUUGCUUACCCUAUCAACAUCCACACCUUGCUCCAGAGUACUUGAUUACUUGGAAUCACUGCGUGUGACCAUCCAUGUCGAUCGUUCGGGGGUUUUUUUUUUUCUUGAAAUUAAGGGAGUGUAGAAUAAUGCGAGCUGUUAAACGGCUGCGCGAAGCAGCAGUAUGAAUAAUAAGUUGAUGGAUGGUCGAUUAAAUUAGAGCUACUUCUGCACUUUGAAAUAUUAAAUUAUAAAAGCAAGAAUGUGACCCGAGUUGUUACA